AUGAUACCCAUGGAACCAAGGAACCGAACCAGUGCAUUAGAAUUCAUCCUCCUGGGGCUUUCAGAAACUCCAGAGCAGGAGACCCUCCUCUUCGCUCUGUUCCUCUGCAUGUAUGUGGUCACAGUACUGGGGAACCUGCUCAUCAUCCUGGCCAUCAGCUCAGACUCCCACCUCCACACCCCCAUGUACUUCUUCUUAGCUAACCUAUCUUUGGUUGAUUUCUGCCUGGCCACCAACACAGUCCCCAAGAUGCUGGUGAACAUCCAAAUCAGGAGCAAGUCAAUCUCCUAUGCCUGCUGCCUGACCCAGAUGUACUUUUUCCAUUUCUUUGGCAUCAUGGACACUGUCCUGAUUGCCGUGAUGGCUUAUGACAGGUUUGUGGCUAUAUGUCACCCCUUACACUAUACCGCCAUCAUGAGCCCACGCCUCUGUGGCCUGCUGGCAGGUGGCCCAUGGGUGUUUUCCUACUUUAUAUCCCUCACUCAUAUUCUCCUGAUGGCUCGUCUGGUUUUCUGUGGGAACAAUGAGCUACCUCACUACUUCUGUGACCUCACUCCCCUUCUCAGGCUUUCUUGCACUGACACGUCUGUGAACAAGAUCUUUGUGCUCAUUGUGGCUGGGCUGGUGAUAGCCACACCUUUUAUCUGCAUCCUGGCCUCCUACGCUCGCAUCAUUGUGGCCAUCAUGAAAGUCCCUUCUGCAGGGGGCAGGAAGAAAGCCUUUUCCACCUGCAGCUCCCACCUCUCUGUGGUUGCUCUCCUUUAUGGGACCACCAUCGGGGUCUAUCUGUGUCCCUCCUCUGUCCGCACAGCUGUGAAGGAGAAAGCCUCUGCUGUGAUGUACACUACAGUCACCCCCAUGCUGAACCCCUUUAUCUAUAGCUUGAGGAACAGAGAUCUGAAGGGGGCCCUGAGGAAGCUUGUCAACAGAAAGAUCAUUUCAUCUUCCUGACCACAAGGACACCUGGGAACUUCCAGGAAGUAGGAUCUCAACAUCUAGGGUCUUGGACACAAGUAUGGAAUUGCACAGUUUGGGAGAACAGCCACUUUGGAUUUUGAAUUGCAGAACUUUAAAAAGAAAUCUCAAGAUG